AUGGCACCAGGUCCUGGUGUCUACUCCGAUAGGAGCUACGAUACUCCCGAACAACCGCAGGAGAAUCAGCCACGUAAAAGACGAGUCCCUCGCGGCAGCGCCCCCGAUCAGCCCGUUGUGAUUGAUGGAGAAGAAAUUCCGCAGCCUCAUCCAAGCCAACCAGCACGCGACCCUAGAGUAGGCAGGCGCGCAGAGAAUCCCGAACAGGAGGUCUCAAACCUCGAGUCUGAAACCGAACCCAAUGUCGGUGGCAGACGCCAGUCGAGGAAUCCGCCACCUCUAGCCCAGGAGCCACGUGGCACCAAACGAGAAUAUAGCGACUCCGAAGAACUUAGGGAGUAUCGCGAGCGCGAUCCUAAUCCGUGGCGUACCAACGAUAACCAAGAGCCCCACGGGCAAACCGCAUUCCGUCUCAACCCCGAUACGAGGACUCUGGCCGACCAUAUCUUGAGGCAAUACCCUCCCUGGAUGAAGCAAUCCGAUGUCGAAAAGCAGUACACGGCUUUGGACACGAUGAUCGAGUUGUUCAGGAACGACCAGAGAGCUAGGCAGCCGACGUUGAAUGUCAGGAGUCGUACUGCCAGCAUGACUAGACAGCAAUAUGAGGGUCUUUUGGGUACUUGGCGUAAUGGUAAAGGCUUCUAUGAAUCUUUUGAUGUUGCAAACCCUCCUCCGAAUAUGAGUUCGCUCAUCGAGGCGAAUGUCGCAAGGGGCCUUAAUGAGGCUGAGUUGCAGAGACAAGCACGGCUCGAAACCGAUUUUCCUCGUCCGAGGGAAAGGGCCCAAAUAAUCGUUUACCCGGAAAUCCCCAGGCAGACCUCACUCCCGAAUCUCGUCCGUAGCGCAAGAGACCCUGUCCGCAGCACUACACCGUUAACCCCGCCCCCGGCUGUGCCUGCCAACCAUCGCAGUCAGCGUCCAGACCUUGGGAACUUCGUCACCACAGGAGCGUAUCCCCCAAUCCCAAGAUCGGUGGGCUCCGGGAACAGAAGCGAGAUCGCUCGAGCCGCUGUGGCAUACCAAUUCCCUCGUGGAAACGAUCCUGCCCCAGUCCACCGAGCACAACCACAGAGAUUCGUAUCUGGAAACAAUGAAACAUUGAUAAACGACCCUGCUGGGCCUCGGGUUGCCAACCCCUUCAACUGCGAUCCUCUAUGGACUCCAGCCCACUCUCGAGCCCCCUCAUCAAGGCGACAUGCUACUGUCCAAGACGCAGCAGAACAUCUUGCCUUCCCUGCUCCACGGCGUUUACAGCGGGUAGGUGGUGAUCUCCGAGGCGAGCGUAAUCAGCCUUCCCCGGUCGUCGAUCGUGACGAAGGCGAGCUCCCAGACAGCCAGUAA